AUGGUCGGUCACGGCGUCACCGGGGUGCUUGGUGAAGAUGGUAUUCAUAUUGAUAUGAACCACCUGAAGAGCGGCGAGGUCAACCUAGGUACCUCGAUUAUGGCGAUCAACUUCAAAGAUGGUGUUAUAUUAGGUGCCGACAGCCGGACAACGACGGGAGCUUACAUCGCCAAUCGAGUCACCGACAAAUUGACGCAGGUUCAUGAUACCAUCUGGUGCUGUCGAUCUGGAUCUGCUGCAGAUACGCAAGCCGUGGCGGAUAUCGUCUCCUACCACCUCAACAUGUAUUCGAUUACCAACAAUGAGGCCCCCAGCACCCAGGUUGCCGCCUCGCUGUUUCAGGAACUGUGCUAUGAGAACAAGGAUAUGCUGACUGCUGGUAUCAUCAUCGCCGGAUACGAUCCCCGACAUGGCGGUCAGGUAUACUCGAUACCGCUUGGCGGAUCCCUACACAAGCAGCCUUAUUCCAUUGGUGGAUCUGGUUCGACCUACAUUUACGGUUACUGUGAUGCGAACUGGAAAGAAAACAUGACAGAAGAAGAAGGCAUUGACUUUGUUCGGGGAGCGUUGCGAGAGGCUAUCAAAUGGGACGGCAGCUCAGGAGGUGUGAUUCGGCUGGUCGUAUUGACAGCUAAAGGAGCUCAGAGACAUCUCUACCUACCCGACACGGACUACGCCGGGCCAGGUAUCACCAACUGA